GUCUGUUCAACGGCCUACGGGUCAUUGACAGGCGUAUUCUUUGGCACUUCUCUCUUCGGAGAUCAUAUCCUUUUCAUCAGUUCUUGGGCCAGUGGCUCGAGGGUGGGGAAGAGGCUUGUAAUUGUAAAUGGUAUCCCUCCUAGCUUAGAAACACCUAUGCUGUAUAUUCCAGAGUCUGGUUGUUGCUGAAGUCAGAGACUGGCAUAUUCGCCGUGUUCCUGUCAGCUACCUAUUACUCAGUUGGUAAGCUCCCCACAUAUGACGUUGUAUCUUGCCACUGUACGGAUAUAAUAACAACAUCUCUCCCUUCAACCUCCGCACCACUUAAGACACAUCACCCCUCUUUAUAUCCUCCUAUCGCAUCAUCUACCUCUACCAAAAGGAAUACCCAACUCACAAUCCCACUACUCAAAAUGCCGCACAAGGACGAGCCCACCUCAACCAACACCUCCGACCGAGUCUCCGACUCCGUUAACCGUCUCGCUGCAACGGGAACCAACAUCACCGGGGCAGUCUUCGGCUCUGGCAUGGACCAAAACACUUCGACGAUACCGGACUAUCUAUCUACAGGCGCAGAGGACGACAGACCCUUGAGUAAGGAGGAAGCGGACAGACUGUACGAGGAAAGGAUGGAGGAGGAAUAUGCCAAGCGGGAGGGAGGAGCUUGAUCGCGUUCUUUCUGUCAGCUUUGAUUUUCAUAUCGUGUAUAUAUACCAGAUCGACCUGCACGUCCAUCCAAUAAGUCAUGCUCCUACAGUAAAU